AUGCAUUUGAUGUACGUCCUCGAUGAGUCGGGCAAUAGAAUAUACACGCUCAAAAAAAUAACAGACUCAGGCAAAAUCACUAAAUCUGCUCAUCCUGCUCGCUUUUCUCCUGACGACAAAUUCUCAAGACAUCGUGUCACUUUGAAAAAACGCUAUGGGGUGUUAUUGACCCAGUUACCUGCGAAACCGAUGUGA